AUGCCUUUUGGGGGGUUUUCAGGGCUGAAGGAGCGGGUUCUGAAACCAGGGAAGGAGGAGGUGAAGAAUACAGUAGGAGACGGUCUGGGGAACCUGCAGAGAAAAAUUGACGGGACCAAUGCGGACGAGGAGGACCAGAUGGAGCUCACGGAGGAUGGGCAACCGGUGGCGGCGGCCCCUCGCCACAGUGCCCCUCUGUUUGACUGCGGUUGCUGCGGCCUGCCCAAGCGCUACAUCAUCGCCAUUCUUAGCGGACUGGGCUUCUGCAUCUCCUUUGGCAUCCGCUGCAAUCUUGGGGUGGCCAUUGUGGAGAUGGUCAACAACAACACAGUCUACAUCAACGGGACACCUGUACUCCAGCCAGCUCAAUUCAACUGGGACCCAGAGACUGUGGGACUGAUCCAUGGCUCCUUCUUCUGGGGUUACAUCGUCACACAGAUCCCUGGAGGCUUCAUCUCCAACAAGCUGGCCGCCAACAGAGUGUUUGGGGCGGCCAUUUUUCUCACGUCCAUACUGAAUAUGUUCAUCCCUUCAGCAGCCAGAAGGCACUACGGCUGUGUCAUGUUAGUCCGCAUCCUGCAAGGCUUGGUGGAGGGUGUUACCUACCCUGCAUGCCAUGGGAUGUGGGCCAAAUGGGCUCCUCCCCUGGAGAGAAGUCGACUGGCCACCACCUCAUUCUGUGGUUCCUAUGCAGGUGCUGUGAUUGCCAUGCCUUUAGCAGGAGUCCUGGUUCAGUUCGUUGGAUGGCCCUCAGUCUUCUAUAUCUAUGGUGUAUUUGGGAUUAUAUGGUACAUCUUCUGGCUCCUCCUUGCCUAUGGGAGCCCAGCCGCCCACCCCACUAUAAGUGACGAGGAGAGGAUCUACAUAGAGACCACUAUUGGCGAGGGUGUCAAAAUAUUGAGCGCCACUGAGAAAUUCAAGACUCCAUGGCGCCGUUUCUUCACCUCCAUGCCUGUCUAUGCCAUCAUCGUGGCUAACUUCUGCCGUAGCUGGACCUUCUAUCUGCUCCUCAUCAGCCAGCCAGCCUACUUUGAGGAGGUGUUCGGCUUCUCCAUCGGCAAGGUGGGGCUCCUGUCUGCUGUGCCUCACAUGGUGAUGACCAUCGUAGUGCCCAUUGGUGGCCAGCUGGCCGACUUCCUACGCAGUCGUAAAAUCAUGUCAACUACAAACGUCCGGAAAAUCAUGAACUGCGGAGGUUUUGGAAUGGAGGCAACACUGCUGCUGGUGGUGGGGUUCAGUCACACACGUGGCGUUGCCAUCUCCUUCCUGGUGCUAGCUGUCGGCUUCAGUGGCUUUGCCAUCUCAGGGUUCAAUGUAAACCACUUGGACAUUGCCCCUCGCUAUGCCAGUAUCCUAAUGGGCAUCUCCAAUGGCGUUGGCACACUGUCUGGAAUGGUGUGCCCCCUUAUCGUUGGAGCACUGACUAAACAUAAGACCCGUCUGGAGUGGCAGAACGUGUUUGUGAUAGCCGCCAUGGUGCACUACACAGGGGUCAUAUUCUAUGCUAUCUUCGCCUCAGGCGACAAGCAGGACUGGGCAGAACAGGAGAGCACCAGCGAUGAUAAGGUCGGUAUCAUCGACGAGGAUGAGCUGGCCGAAGAGACAGAGCUCAACAGCGAGAUUGCCAUGGCACCCAAGAAAAGCUAUGGAACCACAGAGAAACCAUCGGGUCGCAAACAGGGCUGGAAGAAGAACAGAGGAGUCACCAUGCAGGAGGAUGAGGACGAUGGGAACUUGCACCAUGGGAAUGGGAACUACCAGGAGCAGUAUCAGUGAUGCGCCCUAAUGAUCAGGGGCAUUGGCUGUACUGAUUCUCCAAAAUGUUCCUGGAGCGUGCACUUCCACACUUUCUCGCAUAGAUUUAACAAUGGUUGAAACCAGAGGAGGCUAGUGGGAGGAGCUGUAGGAGGAUGGGCUCAGUGUAAUGGCUGGAAUGUAAUGAAUGGA